CAGAGCCGCCCCGAGGGCUCCGCACCGCCCCCGCCCCGCCGGCGCUUCCGGGCCGCGCUCCGGGCCCGCCGGCGAUGGGGAGGCGCAGCGCGGCCCGGCGGGCGGACACGGGCCGGCGGUUGGAGCGGUUCGCAGCGCUGCGAGGCGCGGCCGCCCGGCCCGGCGAGCUGUGGGACGUGGUGCUGCUGACGGCGGCGGACGCGGCGCAGGCGGGCGCGUUCCGGGAGCAGCUGGCGGAGAAGCUGCGGCGGGGGCAGCUGCCCAGGAACGUCCGGUACCUCGUGUGCGCCGACCCGCCGGGGCCCAGGAUCGGAAAUGGUGGAUCAACUCUUCAUGCUCUUCGGUGCUUGGAAGAGCAGUAUGGUGAUCAGUGGACUUCCUUCACUGUGCUGCUAAUCCAUUCUGGUGGUUACAGCCAGCGUUUGCCAAGUGCAAGUGCCCUGGGCAAGAUCUUCACAGCUGUGCCUUUGGGCGAUCCCGUGUAUCAGAUGCUGGAGCUGAAGCUGGCCAUGUACAUCGACUUCCCCUGUCACAUGAAGCCAGGAGUCCUCAUCACGUGUUCAGAUGACAUAGAGCUGUACAGCACUGGAGCCACAGAAACCAUCACCUUUGAUAAACCUGGAUUUACUGCCCUGGCUCACCCCUCAGACCUGGCAGUCGGGACCACGCACGGGGUGUUUGUGUUAGAUCCAUCCAGUUUUUCAGGAACAGGAGGGGUGGAGUAUGGAUCAUGUUAUCGUUUCCUGCACAAGCCUGACAUGGAGACCAUGCAGCAGAGUGGUGCAGUGUGUGUGAGGAGGGAUCACCCUCAGCUCAGCUCCCCUGGGAGCCGUGGGGACUCAGGCACAGCCCCAGAGUGUGUGUACACGGACAGCGUGUUCUACAUGGACCACAGCACUGCCAAGCAGCUGCUGCUGUUCUAUAAGCAGAUGGGCACUCUUUGCUGUGAAAUAGAUGCAUAUGGUGACUUUCUGCAGGCCCUGGGGCCUGGAGCCACUCCAGAUUACACCAAAAACACAAGUAAUGUCUCCAAGGAGGACUCAGGGUUGGUGGGAGUGCGGCAGCAGCUGUACUCCCUCCUGCAAGGCACCGCCCUGAAUGUCAUAGUCCUCAACAACUCCCAGUUCUAUCACAUCGGGACUACUCAGGAGUAUUUGUUCCAUUUUACUGAUGAGAGCAAACUGAGAUUUGAGCUUGACUUGCAGCCUGUGGCUUUCAGCAUCUUCCCUGACACAGCCAAGAGCUUGGAUCAGCUGAGCAUCAUCCAGAGCAUCCUUGAGCCCGGGUGUGUGAUAGGGCCUGGCUCUGUCAUUGAGUACUCCAGAAUUGGGCCCGAGGUCUCGGUAGGGAAGGGCAGCAUUGUUAGUGGGUCCUGCAUACAUUUCAGUGUAGACAUACCCUCAAACUGCUUCCUGAGUUCAGUGAGUGUGAAAGUUACUGACCGAGUGGAGUAUGUCACCAUGGCGUUCGGUGUAGGUGAUGACUUGAAGAGGAGUGUGAAAUUGCUGUCGGAUAUUCGCUCCCUCCAGUUUUUUGGAGCCAGCUUCCCAGAGUGCCUUGACCUCUGGAGCAUAGAGGCUUCAGAGCAGCUCUUCUCCAGUGGGGACACAUCUUUGGGGCUGUGGACUGCAAGGAUUUUCCCUGUUUGUUCUACUCUAAGUGAAUCAGUUAGGAUAUCACUGAACAUGCUGAAUGCUGUGCAGCACAAGUCAGCUUUCAAACUGAGUGGCUUUCAACUUCUAUCUGUUGAAGAAAUGCUCACCUACAAAGAUGUGGAAGACAUGCUGAGGUUUAGGAAGCAAAUUUAUGAUGAAAUCUGCCUACAAAGACAAAAAGAGAAGUCUGAUUUUAGAACGAACAAUACUUGAACAAAUGUCCAGUUUUCAUUUAUGGCUGAUUGAUUACUUCCCAGCUUGUAAGAAUCCUAAGGAAAAGUACACAGAUCUCUUCUCUGAUCUCAUUGAAGUAGAAAUAAAGAAGUUGCAUGACAUUAAUAAAGCAGCAAAUGCAGAUAAACUGUUCUUGUGAUUAAAGUUGGGAAGUAUUUCAGAUCUGAAAACACUAAUUGGUGACUUAUUGUGGGUUGCAUGUUAUGUUUUGUAGUUCUUCUCAGUAAGGAUAUGAUACCAAAAAAAUUGUCUGUUUGGCUCAAAAAUGCUUUAAAAGCUUUUAAAGGGUAGAACAUUAACUCCAGCAACAUGGAAUAAUACAACAAUUUAUGUUUCUCUCUUUUCAUGCUGCCAUUUUGCAAUGCAGUUUACGUAGGCAGAGGUAAAAUUAUUAAAAGUGCCUUUAAUUCAAGACAUCUUGUCUUAAGCAUUAAUAAACUUUUCUCUUUUGUUUUGUAAA